UCUUGGCUAAGUGAUUAAAAAAAUAAAGAAAAUGAUGCAUGCAAAAUAUUAUUAUUAAUUUGGGUGAGUAUUAGUUUGAACAUAGUGUUUUGGGUUUCUGGUUAUGUCCAGAUUUACAAAAUCAGCGUUCCAUUCCCCGUCCGUCGCUCCUCUUCUUCUUCUUCUUCCUAUCUAGGGUUUUGAUUGAAGAGAAAAAGAAAGAAGAACGGGUUCUUUUCUCUCCAGUAGGCGGAUGAGAUCUUUUUCUUUUAUGUUUAUUUGAAUUGAAUCAGAAGGGAAGUUCAGCAAUUGAGUGAUGUCCUACAUGUCAUCGCAGACUUUUUUGAGAUGUGUCCAAAAUGUGAUGAAUGCUCUCAUAUUGGUUCCACACACAUUGCACCAUGCACUGAGGGAAAGAGUGCUGAUUAUUCGUGCGUGUUAACUUUUGCCACAAGUCCUCAUCUAUCAACUAGCAAUACAAUGUCUGAAAGUUCUGCACCCACUUAUGUAUAUAGAAGAAGGAAGCUACGAGGUAAUUCUGUUGCCAUUUUUUCAGCACAGGUCCCUGAAAGUGUGAAGAGAAGUGGAGAUGAUUGUCCCUCUGUUGCUAGUUCUGAUGCUUCUCCUAUUGCAGUUAAGGAGCAAUAUGUAGUUUCUCAAGAUGAGCAUGCUAUUGGAGCUACUAUAAUAACUACUAAUGGAUGUUCACUGGCAGAACGGGUUUCUGAUGAAUCGUCAAAAAAUAGUGGGCAAGGAAUCAUUGAGGUUGACAGUAUGAAUGACAGUUGCUCAUCAUCAAAAUCUGACAUGGAACUUGUUUCAGCGCAUAUGCAGACUGUAGUGGACAAUGCUGGUGAGUGCUCCUCAUCCAGUGUAAUGGUUGUAGAAGUCCCAAGGGAGGGUCUAUCGGAAAAGGAUUUAUGUGUCUCUAUAAUGAGAAGCCAGGGUGUGCUUGAAGGAGUUUGGCCUAACAGGACACGUGCUUCUGCUGAAGAUGUUGGUGAUAGUGGUGCUAGCAGCAAUUGUCGGUCGUGCAAAAUUUGUGCUUAUCUAGAGUCUACACUUAAGAUGAUAAUAUGUGAUAAUUGUGAAGAUGCGUUUCAUUUAUCUUGCUGCAAUCCUCGUUUAAAAAGAAUACCACCUGACGAUUGGUUUUGUCAUUCAUGUUCAAAGAAGUGUCGCAAAAUUCUUAAAGAGUCAAUUUCCAGAUCUCCUAAUAUGAUUGGUGAAAAGGGUAGAUGUGGGAAUUAUUCUACAGCUGUUUCAAAUCCAAUAGCAUUGAUGUUAAGAGAUACUGGAUUAUAUACAUCUGGGGUCCGGAUUGGAAAAGGUUUUCAAGCGGAAGUUCCAGACUGGUCAGGUCCAAUUACUAAUGAUGAAGAUAUGUUUGGUGAGGCUUUGGAAAUGGAUCCAUCAGAUUUUGUUAGUACGACUGAAUUGAAGUCAAACAAGCCAUCUAAACUUGGAUCUAUAGGUAACUGGCUUCAGUGUAAAGAGCUUAUUGAUGGUGAAGGAGAAAGUGCUAAUGGAACUAUAUGUGGAAAGUGGCGCAGGGCUCCCUUGUUUGAAGUCCAAACUGAUGAUUGGGAGUGCUUCUGUUCCUUUCUUUGGGACCCGAUUCAUGCUGAUUGUGCAGUACCUCAGGUAGCAGUUGAAGAUUGAACAUUCAUAAAGGAAGUUCAGUAUGGAAUUUCUGAACUGUGGGGUACCUGCAUAUAACCAGUUCAUAUAUGGAGGAAAGCUCAAUUUUGCCCCAGAAAUUUUGGCCCAUGUCCAAAGAAACCCAGUUUUAUGUUAUUGUUACUAUUAUUAUCGGGUAAAAAUUAGGUCUAUUUGAACUUAAAUGGAAAGUUUUGGGUUAAUUUGGACAAAAACUUAAAAAUGGGUUUAUUUGGAGAAGGCCAACAAUUUAGGGCAAAAUUGAACUUUAUCUUGUUUAUAUAUUGUGGUGAUUGGACCUCCAUGUAGAUCUGGCCAUGUCAAACCCAGUACCAAAACCAUUCAACAGUUUGUGGCUUCAACUGGACCUGAACUGUCUUGGGAGGGCUAGUCCCAUUUGUUCUCUCCUUGAACUGAAUCAAACCAGAAUUGGUGAUCCACUCUAUUUUGAACUGGCUUUCAAAAAAAAAAAAAAAAUAGGAAAAAUUUUUCAGUCACUGGAUUGAGUUAACUGGAUUGAACUUGGAUAAAACUGGAACCAGAACUGAAUCAAAACCAGUCCAGUUCAGGGCCUCUGGUUCCACAGAACUUGACCAGAAGCUACCAGUGGUUGCCUCUUCUUCCUUGUGCACUUGCUGUGUCUUUGUAAUGGUUUAGAAGCAGUGUUGCUCCUCAUUUCUUCCAUUAGCGUUGCUGAAUGUAUCAUAGCAUUGAUCACUGACAUUUAAAAAGGGACGCAUUUCAUCAGCUGGGAUUGAAAUAGUUUGGGUGACAUCAUUUUUGCUGUUUUCUUAGCCAGUUGUCUUGAUUAGAUUAUGUAUUUCUUUAACAAAUUUGCUGUAUGCUCAAUUGUAUUCCUGGCCAAAUUUCAUUUUAUGCUGCAGGAGCUGGACACAGA